AUGAGUGACAAAAACGACUGGGUGUUUGUCGAGAACGAGGACGAGACGAAUGAUGAACUCGGAGUGGUUGCGAUCGAGGAAAAUACAGAUGAAAAUGCUGAGGGACGAAGCAAGCCAAGUUAUGCUGCUACUCUGUUGAGAAAUAUCGAACCAAAUCAUCAGCAACAACAACGACGACCGGCGUUAUCAUCGAUCGGAUCAAAAAAGAUGAAAUCAAUGAAUAACAAAGCUGACGAAGAGAAGGGAAUCAUGGCGUAUGUCGAAGCAAAGCCUGGCAGUCAAUAUCGAAAUCCUCGUGACAAAGCAGGUAAAAAUAAAGUUCAUGAUGCUCGAAAAAGAUCGAGUUCCCCACCGCGAAAUAUCGGCAAUUCAGCAAAAACUGGCUGCUCAUUUUGUAAUACCAAAUUGACAAAUCGUAUUGAACGUACUCGAAAUGUACGCCAACAAUGUUCGAAAGUAAAUUGGAAAGAUUACGAUUAUUAA